UUCUUGCGGUUGUGCAUUAUCAUCCGAGUGAAAUUUAUUUAUCCAAAAAUAACAUCGGGGUGAAAAGCGGAACCCGCGCUGGGGCAUUUACAAUUUUUUUAGUUGAAACUGUUUAGGUUAAUUUAAGGUGGCACCAUGAAAAUUACGCUUAAGAAUUUGCAGCAGCAGAGCUUUGUUGUGGAGAUCGAAGCCUCUCAGACCGUGAAGCAGCUAAAGCAGAAGAUCGAGGCCGAAAAGGGGGCUGAGUAUCCGUCUGAUAACCAAAGGCUAAUUUAUGCAGGCAAAAUUCUCACAGAUGAGUCUCCCCUAGCUGAAUAUAACAUUGAUGAGAAGAAGUUUAUUGUGGUUAUGGUGACAAAACCAAAAGCCCCAGAGAAAACUGAGUCCGGAGAUGCUACUUCCAGCAGCACACCUGCAGCAGCAACAGCAACAACCACUCCAUCCCCUAUAACAACCACACCAGCAGCAGCAGCAGUAGCUCCGGCUCCAGUAUCCACGCCAGCAGCUGCUGUUGUCCCACCCACUCCUGCCUCAAAUGUUUCAUUGAGCAGUGCUUCGGAAUCUACGCUUUUAAUGGGCGAAGAGUACGAAAAUAUGGUUAAGAAUAUUAUGGAUAUGGGAUAUGCUCGUGAUCAGGUCGAAGCAGCUCUCAGGGCGAGCUUCAACAAUCCGGACAGAGCGGUAGAAUAUUUAAUCACGGGCAUCCCACAAAUAUUUGAUUCGGAGGUGACCGAACCUACCACCGAUAUGUCCGGCGUGGAUCAAAGCCAAUCGGAUUCCGAGGACCCGCUCGCUUUUUUAAGAAACCAGCCGCAAUUCCAGCAAAUGCGACAGGCGAUCCAACAAAACCCGCAACUACUAAACGCGAUCUUACAACAAAUCGGACAAACUAACCCGGCAUUGCUUCAACUGAUCUCCGAAAACCAAGAAUCGUUUGUCAGGAUGUUGAACGAGCCUGCUCCAGGUUCCGGUGCACCCGCAACACCGGCCACGGGGGCCGCUGCUUCCCCGAUUGUCGGCAUGCCGCCGGCGGUAGGAGGCGGUGGGGGCGGGCCCGUGGCGAUCCCCAUCCAAGUCACACCCCAGGACAAAGACGCCAUCGAGAGGUUGAAAGCGUUGGGUUUCCCCGAACAUUUGGUGGUUCAGGCCUAUUUCGCUUGCGAAAAAAACGAAAACUUGGCGGCGAACUUCUUACUAUCGCAGAAUUUUGACGAAUAGACGUACGCUUUACCAAAAUACUUUAAAAAUGGGUUUUUCAUCAUGUUGUAAUUUUUUUUUAAUGAUUAUUUACUCUUUUUGUUUGUCAUAUAGAGUACGGUUUACGAAAGGUCUUGGUUAGGCCUUCAGUAGAUUAUUUAUUAAGUUGGUCCCCCGCCCACUGAUUAAUUUGUAUAUAGGCCUAUUUCACGGUUUUAGCUUAAAAAGAGAAUAAAUAUGUAUAUCUACUUAUUACAGUUGGGUUUGUCUUUGUAAUAUAGUUAUUAUAAUGAUCUAAAAUAUAGCCAUUAAUCUUAAAUGGG